UGCAUGAUGCAUUCUCUACAACAACAUAUAAUCUGGCAAAACAAACAAAAUAAAUGUGUAACUACUGUUACAGGAAUGAGGUGAUUAAGUAUUAGCACACAGCUUUAGGUGAAAGUCCACAAUUUGCUCCAGACUUUUUUCUUCUAUCCAAGAGUGCCUUUUAUAAUUCAUAUAUUUUUUUUAAACAAAAGAAGCAAAGAGAAGACUGAACAGAGUUUCGUUAUCUUAUCUUAUACAUAGGACCUAAAUACCAUUCUUGCUCAUCAAUUCCACCUGUCUUGUUUCGCAACUUGAAAUGAGCAUGGAUGCUAAAGAUACAACUUCCAAAAAUGAUGAUGUUUCCACACCUGAAACAACAGAAAUGAAAAGUACAGAAUUUGACAUGCUUUAUAAGAUAGAAGAUGUUCCUCCAUGGUAUCUUUGCAUUUUUCUGGGAUUACAGCACUAUUUGACAUGCUUCAGUGGAACCAUUGCUAUACCAUUUCUUUUAGCACAAGCGCUCUGUGUUGGAAAUGAUCAACAGACAGUAAGCCAGCUAAUAGGAACAAUAUUCACCUGUGUUGGCAUCACUACAUUUAUCCAAACAACAUUUGGUAUUAGACUACCUCUCUUUCAAGCAAGUGCAUUUGCGUUUUUGGUCCCUGCUAGAGCCAUUCUAUCUCUGGAUAAAUGGAAAUGUCCCUCUGAAGAGGAGAUUUAUGGAAAUGGUACACUGCCAUUCAACACAUCACAUAUCUGGCAGCCUAGAAUGAGAGAGAUACAGGGGGCAAUUAUAGUGUCAAGUUUGUUUGAAAUCCUUAUUGGCAUUGUUGGUUUACCUGGGGCACUGCUCAACUAUAUUGGACCUCUCACUGUUGCUCCAACAAUCUCCCUGAUUGGACUUUCGGUGUUUGAAGCUGCAGGACAAAGAGCUGGGACUCACUGGGGCAUAACAAUUCUGGUUUUGACGCUGAUAAUAUUAUUUGCACAGUAUCUAAGAAAUGUUACUCUUGUUUUGCCUUAUUACAAAUUUGGAAAAGGAAUGGCAUUUUAUAGAAUGCAAAUCUUCAAAAUGUUUCCAAUUAUCAUGGCUAUUAUGCUUGUGUGGCUGCUCUGCUAUAUUCUGACAUUGACUGAUGUGUUUCCAUCAGGAAGUAAAGCAAGAACUGAUGCAAGAGGUGAUAUAAUGUCCAGCUCUCCAUGGUUCCGUUUCCCAUAUCCUUGUCAGUGGGGAUUACCCUCAAUUACCAUUGCUGGUGUUCUAGGUAUGUUUAGUGCUACACUGGCUGGAAUCAUUGAAUCUAUGGGGGACUACUAUGCCUGCGCUAGAUUAUCGGGAGCUCGUCCUCCACCCGUUCAUGCAAUCAACAGAGGUAUAUGCAUUGAAGGACUUUGCUGUGUUAUUGCUGGCUUACUUGGCACGGGAAAUGGUUCUACUUCUUCAAGCCCAAACAUAGGUGUCUUGGGUAUUACUAAGGUUGGCAGCAGAAGAGUGGUCCAGUAUGGUGCUGGAAUUAUGUUUAUUUUAGGAACAGUUGGAAAGUUUACUGCUUUGUUUGCAUCAAUUCCAGAUCCCAUACUUGGUGGAAUGUUUUGUGCUUUAUUUGGAAUGAUUACUGCUAUUGGCUUAUCCAAUCUACAAUUUGUAGAUAUGAAUUCAUCAAGAAACUUAUUUGUCUUGGGUUUUUCCCUGUUUUUUGGAUUAGUCCUACCAAAUUACUUGGAUGCAAAUCCUAACAGCAUUGAGACAGGUUUGCCAGAACUGGAUCAAAUAUUGACUGUGCUUUUAACAACGGAAAUGUUUGUGGGAGGCUGUAUAGCAUUUUUCCUAGACAAUACCAUACCAGGUACACAAAAAGAACGCGGACUUGUGCAGUGGAAGGAAGGAGCCAAUGCUACUAGCGACACAUGUGCAGAUCUUAGAAGCUAUGACUUUCCAUGCGGAAUGGCAGGUGUAAAGAGAAUAAAGUGCUUCAGAUGGAUUCCUAUCUGUCCAGUCUUUAAAGGAUUUAGGAAUGUAAAAAGUAAAACAGUCACUACAACAACCAUAAUAUGUAACAAUUUAAAUAGCCAGGAUGAAACAAACAAUUCAGUGUGCACAAAAGUGUAAACUACUAAUUUAAGCAUUUAUGUACUGAAGAAUGUAUUUGAGUGAUUAAAAAAUAGUGCAGUACUCUAAAAGUUAAUGUACAGUAUAUCAAGUAAUAUACAACUUGUGUGCAUAUGCGUGUUUCCAAGAAAUCCUAUCCUCCAAAAAAUGUAUUUUUAAAAUCAUAAAAAAAUGUAUUACUCAAUGACAUGAAUCAAUAAUAAAAAACAAUACGCAAUAAUCAACCUAUGCUCAUGAACCCUACAAGUGCUGUUUGACCAUUUCAGUUAUGGUCACAUAAUCAUCUGGUAAACAGCAGAUUGUUUUUACUUUCUCCCACUGGUGCCAUUGGAUUUUGUUGGAGCACUGGGUCUACAGCACAGUGUAAUUGUCAGAAUAUACACUUCUCUGCUGGAUUUUUAUUGUAUUUGCACAUGAACUUUUUUUUUGGGGGGGGGGGGGGGGACUUUUUUC